UACUUCUUCGCUGAUUUCGCAAAAGAAAAAGCGUAGUGGUGCAAGCAGGCCCGAUAUUGCGUUCAACAAUGGUCACAGGGUGGAAUAGGCGUUUAAUCGUGUUAAAAGUCGUCUAAUAAGCCAGUGAUAAGUGAUAGUUUUAACCAAGUGCCAGUGUUCUAACAUGAAUGGAUCCAGAAUCCUGCCGCAUUUUUUGUAUAUUACGCUUUUCCUGUGCGGGGGGGUCCAAGUAACUGGAGUUGUCUCAGACUCUAAUGGAGAAGAGGAAGCAACCUUGGACAGUCAACCCACGGAAUUUCUUCCUAGUAACACUUCCGAUAAUGCAAAAGCGGAAGCGAAUAUUAAUCCAGGCGAGGACAACCUAGUUCCAGAUACACCUCCACAUGCAGAUGUGCUGGAUAUUGAUAAUGUGAACGUUUUGGAACAUGUGUCUGAAGAUGCGUUCUCUCAGGUGGGCUCAGAGGAUGCAAAUGUUAAUGAACUGAUUAACAACGACACUCCCGUUGUAAUCUCGCGAAUCGAUUCUGCAACCGAAGAGCUACAGAAGAGAGCCCAUAUUCUCUCACCAUUGCCCAGCGAGGAAACCCUAAACGCUACUAAUGCCUCGCUGGAUGAAAGCGAAGAUGCGAGAUCUGAAACUGACACAAUCGUUGAGACUGAAAAAGAAAUUAUACCAAAAAACGUUACUGUUACUGAUAAAACCCCGGAAGACAUCCCCUCCUUUUCGGAAUGGGCGCAAAAGCAUUUGGAAGAAGCUGAGAGGAAAGAGCAGGUGAACUUUUCCGCCCCAGCCCCAGCUAGUAACCAUACAAAGCAGGGUGUUGGCGCGAAGCUGCAUUGGAAGAAUUAUGCGGCUGUAGAAUGUGGAGCUAAAGUUAUCCAGGCAAAUCCCGAAGCUGAACAUACGUGGGCUGUAUUGGUGGGUUCGCGCGAUGAAUACAUUCUGAAUCCCUGCACCAGCCGGAUUUGGUUCAUUGUGGAGCUCUGCGAGGCCAUCCAGUUGAAGAAGCUCGACUUGGCCAAUUACGAGUUAUUUUCUUCGUCCCCCAAGGAUUUUACUGUAUCAGUGAGCGAUCGGUUUCCCACUCGGGAUUGGUUCGUUGUCGGCCAGUUUACGGCCAACGAUGAGCGAGGGGUGCAGAAUUUCGAAGUCAACACAGAAACCUUCGGGAAAUACGUGAAAGUCGAAGUUAAGACCCAUUAUGGGUCGGAGCACUACUGCCCACUGUCCCUGUUUCGGGCGUAUGGAAUGUCCGUAUUCGAAGUGCUUCAGAAUGAUGAUCCUGCCCAUGAGCAGCCCCUUGAAGACGAGGACGAUGAUCUUUUGGACGACGGUGUGAAAAUACCUUCAGGAAAUUUGCUCAGUUCAGCUACAGACGCUGUACUUUCCAUGGUGAAGAAGGCUGCUCAAGUGUUAGGGAAUAAGGUUAAUAGAACGAACGAAACUAGUCAAACGAGCAACGAAGCCAAAGCCCAAUCGCCGCUAAUGAAGUCCUGCAGCUCUCCUAGUCAUUAUGUGGUGUGCAACAACUGCUCCGACGUGCUGUUUGGGCGAGUGUUUGAGCUGCUGAGCUGUAGGCGCGAGUACAUGCGAAACCUAGUCAAUAUUCCUUAUAUUAAGGCGGCAUUGGAAGCAUCCACAGUGUGCCAGAGCUUUGGCUUUGAUUUUAGAGACAAAGCCGCAACUGUAAGUGAAAAUUCAGCUUCAUUGUGUGUAGAGUCGUUUUUCCCGCCCAGUUUCAUGGGCGCGAUGUGCAACAUCCUGGCGAUCGCGCACGAUAAGAUUUCGUACAAUGUGAGCCAUCAGUCAGCCACUGCCAAGAAUAGUACUAGUGAGGGCUCCCCCAGUUCGGGAAGUGAACCCGAUGGAGCCCAAGUAGUAGAGCCCGUCAUAAACGACACUAACAGCGAACAGGAAGACUCUCAAGGGACCGAUCCGCUAAACUUCGACGCUUCGGCAAUCAACUCAAAGUCCGGAUGUUCGACCGAAACCACAUCCGCCUCGCAGAUCAAUCCAUCAAAAGUAUUACUCAAACAGCUGCCCUCUCAUUCGGAAGUCGGCACAGCUGCAGCCAAUGUGGAGCCGAGUGUAAGCGAAGAAAACUUGGAUGUUAAAGCGGAAGAUGGACUGCGAGCUCAGCCCAUUGGGGCAGAUGCGAGCGCGGAGGUUGUGGAGAAUGAAUCUGUCGACCAUAUUGAAAGCGUGGAGAAGCUGAUCACGGAACUAAACACCGAAAGUAGCAGCCCGUCAGUGACGAGCACACCUACGACCGCCGGCAAUUUGCAAGGGCAUAAGGAAUCGGUGUUUUUGAGACUGUCGAAUAGAAUCAAGGUCCUUGAAAGGAACAUGUCGCUAUCCGCUCAAUACCUGGAAGAAUUAAGCAAACGAUAUAAGAAGCAAAUCGAAGAAAUGCAAAGAGCACUGGAUAAAACCGAACGAGAUUUAGUGGAAUCCACUGCAGCUGAAAGAGAACGUUACAAACGCUUGGACGAUAAAUUCGAAGCCUUAAUGAACACGGUAGAGGCCCUAAAAGACGAAGAGAACAACUGGAAAUCAAUCGCGUUUUUCUUGGUUUUCUUUAUCUGUUGUACAUUUCUUGCUUGCUUUUUUAAUCGGGUUGCAUCACCCAAACCCGCCACGGAUCCAUCUGGCACGGCCGCUGAGAUACAGCGGAGCCAUUCUGUCGACGUCGUAACCAGAGUGGCGGCGAAGAAGAAAAAACGACGACCCAGCGAUCAAGCGCUGAAGAUUGUUGCUGGCCCGGGGGAACAGGAGCGAAAAAAACGAAAAAAGAAAACGUCGAAUCCGGAGACAUCGAAAAUGGAUACGACCGAAAACUCGUUUGAUCCUCUGUGUGCCUCGAGCAAGAUUUGGACCAAACCUAACACGGAUUGGGUGGAAAGCAGAGGCCAAAUAAUAGAAGACAUUCCAUUUCCCUUAGAAGAGCCGGACAGUUGCACGUUGAAAGUUUCACCCUUACUAUCGGAACCACCGACUGUAAUAGAAGCACCAGGUUUUUUGAAAACAGCAGCCAAUUUCAGGUUGGGGAGGGCCUCGUUGAAAAGUGGAAAUUUGAUUAAUUUGGAAGUAAAAAACAGGAACCCCAGCCCAGUGCCGUCUGCCAAUGGCAGCAUUUCCAGCGGGGCCACCGAACCUUCGGCAAAGAAAGAAAAGAAGGGAUUUCGGAAAUUGCUGAAAAAGGUCUUUUGAAGUAGCUAAUUUAAAAAGAAGGCCACUUUAAUGGCAAGAAAAUCAUCACAUCACCCUGCUGUUACAAAGACUAUAUUUGAAAUCUAAUUGGAGCUGUGAUGCUAAAGUGCUCAUAUUGGCAUGAUUCAUAUUUUAGCAAUUAAUUAAUUAAAAAUUCAUGAUCAGAGUAUCCCAACGUCUAUUUGAUUUGACUUGAAAAUGAUUACAGUUAAAUCACAUUGAGACAUUGGAUGGAAAAAGUAUCGCUUGAAAGACUGAUUGAUAUAAAAUAGGAUGCUGAAAGUUAGUUAGUUCGUUAUUUUUUUAAGUUUUACUCCAUUAAUUAAAUCAUUUAUUUUUCGCUGUUUCAUUGUUUUUGUUUUGUAUUGUUUCAUCUAAAUUUAGGGAUGCAUCUACUGUGAUAAAAGUAUGCUAAGUGAUAGAAACUAGCUUAUUAUUUUCGCUUCGUUAUAAAUGAAUAUCUCCCAUUAUUGCACUCCUACAUGUAUUUCGCUUAAUUAGAUACUCCUCACAAAAAAUCAGAGGAGUACUUUGUUUUAGUAUUACGACUAGCUAGGUCCUUUAAUAAAGCAGAAUUCUCAUUAA